UGUUGUGUAUGAUACGGAAAGAAAUCAUAAAGAUCUAAAUAUGAAACUCUAUACGAUUCAUCAAUAUUUCAUACUGCUGCAAUGUAUGGCAUUCAUAGUUGGUGAAAAUUAUUAUAGCAUAAUUGCUCCAGGUUUAAUGAAAUCAAAUCGCAAAUAUACUAUAGCUGUAACACUUCAUGAUUCUACUACGCCCUGCACUAUACGCGUUUCUAUUAUGGGUCGUUCUUAUAAUGCUACAGAUAAUGUUCUGUUGCAACCGUUUGAAUCGAAGGAAAUUGAUUUUUUCCCACCCAAAUUGGAAAAUGGUAACUACGCAUUGUUGGCAGAGGGUAUGGGAGCUUGUGGAUUUAGAAAUCAAAGUGUAUUGUUAAUUGAUAGUUCUGCGGGUCCAAAAAUUUACGUACAAACCGAUAAGUCGGUGUAUAAACCUUUAGAUUUGGUACAAUUUCGUGUUGUUAUAUUGGAUGAACAUACGAGACCAGUGUAUAUAAGAGAACCUAUACGUAUUGAGAUAUUUGAUAGUGAUACAAAUCGUGUUAAACAAUUCAAAGACAUAACCCUUACUAAAGGAGUCUUUACCGGGAAAUUUCAAUUGUCUCAGCAGCCAGUGAUGGGAGAUUGGGAAAUAAGAACAACAAUAAGUGGAAAAUAUUCAUAUCAAAAGUCCAAAAAAAUUAAGAUACAACAGUAUACUUUACCAAAAUUCGAUAUAUUCGUAGAUACUCCAGAAAAUGUAAUACCUUUAGAUCCUCACGUUAUAGCGGAAAUCUAUGGAAAAUAUACAUUCGAUAGAUAUGUGAAAGGUUUUCUAACCGUUCAGUUACAUGUACAGGGAAGCAAUGAUUUGAUUGAAGAAAAGGUUUUACAUAUAGAUGGUUUAGUUGUAGUAGACUUUGACUUAGAACAUUCAAACAAACUUACGGGAGUUAAUUCUGUAGUCUUAUGGGCUAAGCUUGAAGAAAAACACACCGGUAUAUGGCGGACUUAUACGCAAACAAUUGCAAUACGUAAAGAAAGUUAUAAAAUACUUAUACCGGAUGAUGAGAUUGAAUUUCGUAAUAAUAAACCAUUUCGUUUGAGAGCUUAUAUUGAAGAAUGGAAUGGUGGACCGGUAUGGGAUCAAAGUACCCCCGUUAUAUUGCAACAUGGUGUUAAGAAAUAUCAAACAUAUUUAAAUGACAAAGGUGUGGCAGUAUUUCAAUUUGAUCAACAGCCUGAUGCUUCUUAUACGGUGAAAUUUAAGGAUUCACAACAAACAUUGCCAAAUAUUUUUGUAGCAGAUGAAAGUAUCUCUUAUAACGAGAAACUCAUUUAUUGUAGAUUAACAUUGAAAGAAAGACCUGUUCUCGGAAAACCGGUUAAAGUAGAAGUCCGCUCAUCCUUUACUAUACCAUAUUUUGUAUAUACCAUAGUAGGGCAUGGCAGCAUAGUCCAAACGGGUCUUAUAAAACUUUCACCAAAUAGAAAAACAUAUACGCUUAUGAUAACUCCUUCAAUUGAACUUGUUCCGAAAUCUUUUUUAUAUGUUCACUAUAUACAAAAUGGUAAUUUCAGAUAUGAAGAAUUGGUUUUAAAUUUUCCUUUGGAAUUAGAAAAUCAGAUUUCAAUAACAGCUCCCAAACAAGUAAAACCUGGUCAAGAGGUUACUUUAAACCUAAAAGCACAACCCAAGUCCUAUGUCAGCAUAUUGGCAGUUGAUCUUAGUGUUUAUAUAUUGGAUAAGAAAUAUGAUAUAUAUAAAACGCAAAUAUUAGAAGAUUUAAAGGUGGAUGUUUCGUAUAUUCCCAAUGCUUAUAUAGUGAGACCGGGUAUUAUAUCUGGACUUAUAACUCUUACAAAUGCACAUUAUCCAGUUAAAACUGUCUAUCCAAACAUUGUAUCUAGUGCUGGUGCUGGACCUUUAAUAUUUCGUACAAAAUUUCCAGAAACUUGGAUAUUUGAAAACUAUAUAAUUAAUAACACAGAUACUCAAAUAACUCUCAACAUACCGGAGACUAUAACUACUUGGCGUAUAACAGCAUUUUCUAAUAAUGAUAUGACAGGUUUUGGCAUAGUCGAUGGACCCACCGAUAUAACUACAUUUUUGCCAUUUUUUAUUACACUUAAUCUGCCCUAUUCGGUGAAAAGAGAAGAAACUGUUGUCAUCCCAGUAACCAUUUUCAAUUAUCACAAUCAAUCUCUGGACACUGAUGUCAUACUAUACAAUAAUAACAUGCAAUUUCGAUUUAUGGAACCUUUAUCGAAAUUCUCCCCUAGACAACAACAAUUAAAAACCAUUAAUAUUCCCUCAAAUGGUGGCACAACAGUCAAAUUUCUGAUUAAACCCUUAGAAGUAGGAAACAUAGAAUUGCGUAUAGCAGCCAAUAAUUCGUUAUAUAAUGACGGUAUAGUACAAAAACUAAAAGUUUUACCCGAAGGUAUUACACAGUAUCAAAAUAAGGCGAUUUAUUUGAGCGCUACAACGGAAAUGUCAUCGCUAACUUUAGAUAUACCAUUAGAUAGUGUCAGAGAUUCUGAGUAUAUAACACUUUCUGUGGGUGGAGAUUUUAUUAUUCCUUCGCUAGAGAAUCUUAAUGAAUUGAUCAAAAUGCCUACCGGUUGUGGUGAACAAAAUAUGGUGAAUUUUGCUCCCAAUAUAUUGAUUUUAGAUUAUCUAAAAGCCAAUGGAAAAUACUCAAAAGAGAAGAAUCUAGUCAGUAAAGCUAAAAAUUAUAUAGAAAUAGGUUAUCAGCAAGAACUAUCGUUCCGCCAUAAAAAUGGCGGUUAUAGUGUUUUUGGUGAAAAUUCAGAUAAAGAAGCUAGCAACUGGCUUACGGCUUAUGUAGUGCGUUUCUUGAUUAAGGCUUCGAAAUAUAUAGCAAUUGAAUCUCGUAUAAUUGAUAGUGGUUUGGAAUAUUUGGCAAAUCAACAAUGGUUCGAUGGUAAAUUUCCCUAUACCGGUUAUUUAUUUUAUAAGGAACUACAAAAUACCUAUAGUUUUACGGCGUUUGUACUGUUGACAUUUAUGGAGGAUAGAAGAUAUUCCCGUAAAUAUCAAACUGUUAUACGAAAAGGACUUGACUAUGUAACCUCCGAUUUGGAUGAUAUCUAUGAUAUUUAUGCGCUCUCCAUUAUAGGAACUGCAUUAAGUAAAGCCAAACAUCCAAGUAGCGAUAAAGUUAUAGAGAAAAUUCAAAGCAUGCGUAAAGAAGACGAAAAAGGUCUCAUGUGGUGGACGGAUAAUACAAAUGAUGUCGAGACGACAGCUUAUGUUUUAAUGACUCUUCUAAAUGCUCCCGGUAAUCAUUUGCCUAUAGUAAAGUGGUUGAUUAAGCAACGUAAUCAGCAAGGUGGUUUUAAAUCUACCCAUGAUACAGUGGUGGGUCUUGAGGCCUUAGUGAGAUUUAGUCAGAAAUUUAACAAUGAAAGCAAUUGGGAUUUGAAAAUAUCCUACUCAGCUCAAGAUCACGAAGGAAAUGAAAAGAAAAUCAAUGAGUUUUCGGUAAAUCCAGAUAAUGCUUUAGUUUUACAACAACAUGAGUUACCAAAAUCUGUACGUCUCGUUAAUUUCGAAAUCAAAGGUAGCGGUUAUUCUUUGGUACAACUUUCCUCUCGGUACAAUAUCAAAAAUGAUGUGGACAUCAAAUAUUUUAUCAUGAACGUUAAUUCUUCUUCGUAUAAUGACGAAGAAAUGGAUUUACAUGUUUGUUUUACCUAUCAGGCUCUAGAAGCAGUUAAUAACAAUACAAAUAUGGUCAUUAUGGAAGCAAAUCUACCUUCAGGUUUUAAAACCGAAGCAGAAUUUAGUCGAGAUUUAGUGGAAAAUGAAUUUAUACAAAGAAUUGAGACAAAAAAUGAUGAAACUGUGGCGAUUUUAUAUUUUGAUAAAUUAUCAACUGGUAUUAGACAUUGUGUGACAAUCGAAACGUUUAGAUCGAAUGAGAUAGAAGAUCAAAAACCGGCAGCUAUAGUAAUGUAUGAUUACUAUAACACAAAUCGCACUAAUACAAUGUUUUAUACAAUUUAGAGUUAAAAUAAAAAUAAUAUUAAGUGAAAUUGGAAAAAAACAGUUCAGUUUUUAAUAAAAAAGGU